CCUGCAAUGGCACAAAGGUGAUGGUACAGAACCUGGCCGCGACGGGUACCAGAGGCAGCCUGUGGCUCACGGCCACUGGUCAGGACCAACAAGCCGAAGCAGGGCCCUCUACACCAAGGCUCCAAGCUAGUUUCGGCAGCGAUCUUUUUGGUCUCCCCUCCCUACAUGCUACUUCGAAGCCGCUUCCGAUCUUUCCCCCAUCCAAGAGCUCAAGACCCGAGCCUGCUCGUGCCGACAAAAGGUCAGGGCGGCCCAAAGCCCUAUAUAACGAGGUUGAAGAUGUCCCUGAGGAGCUGCUGGAGACUCUGACUGAGAAAAGGUCCGUUCCGCGGCUCAAGUCUGGCGCUAAGCUCUUGGUCACCUCCUAUACUGAAGAUGCAGACAAGCUUCUCAUCAUCCAUGUGGGCGGACCGGACGAUCGUCAUCUGUUCAUCUCAAGCCUGAGCCCACCAACACGCCAGACCAUACGGCCUCCCAAGAGGAAGAAGAAUGGGCUGCUAAGCACGGCAGAUAGCCCCAAACAAGCUAGACUGCAGCAGAGUCUCCUGCCGGCCUAUGUGAGCGAUUCUCCCAUCGUCUGCAUCAAGCUUGCGCCAAGGGAGCCCACUCUACGCAAAUCGCACCAGCACGCGGGGCCCUGGAUCUCAAUUCAGACUUUGACAGGUGUCCACUUCUCCGCUAUCCAUCAGCUGAGCCCGCGACAACUGGAGAAGGCAUCGAGCCGUUACCCUCAGUUCGUGCUUUCGCACAUCUGCUCAUUCCUCACAAAGGCGGUGGCGAGUGCGUUGCGAGACGAGGCGGUCGGAGUCACCUUCACGCUAGCGUCUUCGCCCAUCUCAGAUGUCGCCUGGAACCCUGCUACGAAGUCCUCUGCUCUCUUGACCGACACAGCUGGGAAUGUUUGGGAGUGGGAGGUCGACGCUACAGGUCAUGGGACAUCAAAGUGGCUCUCGCGCGGUCAGUCUUGUCGGCUAGCCGUGCCUGCCGCCCGCAACGCUCUGACACCGGCAAAGGACUCGCAACACCACCAGAUUCUCUGGGCGGACAGUUUCGCACACGAUCGCGCUUUUCGGGUCUCGGAUCAAAGCAUCCACGGGUUGGACUUGCUAGAUGGGUCUACUGAAGAGCUCUACACCACAAUCAUGAGCCCAGUCUCGCUGCAACGCGAGGUCUUUCGCUCCACCGUCAGCAUUUCCUUGCCUGAUUCAAAAUCUGCAGUCCAGACGAGAGCUUCAAUCCUCAUAUCUGCCACCUCGACUUCGAUACGAGUCUUUGACGGCUCGAACCCUCGACGUAAUCUGCUCGUCAUACCACACGAUAGGGACAGCUUUGACGAGAGUCUGAGCUUGGUUGCAGUGCCACAAGGGAGCUCUUCGAAAUCGGUCGUUUCAGUCCUUCUCUGCUCUGCACAUCCAUCAUCCACGACCAUGUAUACCGUGGGCUAUGCCAUCACCUCGCUAGAUACAGAUCAGGAGCAGGUAAUCAGAGUAUGGCAAGCGCACCCGCCCGCCGAAUUCGCUCAGGACCACGAGCUAUACGCCUCGGACUGUCAGCCGCUCCUGCGACCCUGGAGAGACAUACUGCCCCGAAGUGACAGCUGGAGCCAGUGGCGCAAAAGCGAGACGAGCGUGGGAUACUUCGCCUGCUUUGCCAUGGAUGGCAUCAGUCAGGUGUGGCUGCAGGGUCUCGACAGAAAGCCGGCUGCUCAUCAGCUUGGUCCUGCUGACCUUCCCAUAGACAUCGUCCGAAGUCUUGCCGCUGAUGAGCUUCGUCGUCUCAUACAAGCAAGCAGUGGGGCAACGUGUCACAAGCUCGUCGGAAGAAGUGGCUCAGUCACGGGAAAGACAGGCACACCGUCAAUCAACCUGUCGCUCAUCUGGCGCAAGCUGACGGAAGACUUUGCGUCGCCCGCCUCCAGCGUUGCGAGGCAGGAUGCUCUACUGCAAGCGUUGACUAAGGGUCUUGGUCAUCUGGAUGACCCUAGCCUCAGCAUGCUGACUGGUCUCGAUCUGGUCUCACUUGCCUCGCUGCACAUCGGCAGCGAGACCGUGCAUACGCCAUUCUCUGCAACGACUGGCUCCAUUUCGGCGAGCUACCCGCCACACACGAUACAAAUUCGGCCAAGCCAUUCUGGGGUGUUGCUUUCACUCUUGGCGCGAGGCAUCAAGCGCUCCCGAGGGCAAGCAUGGUGGGCUGGCGAUCGGUGGUCGGCCACUGGCAUCGACAACGAUCUCACGACAAGUAGCGACCGUGAGGAUGACGAAAGUGACGAAGCUUCGUCCUGGGAAGAGCAAGCAAGGCAGCUUUACUACAAGUACGCUGGUGAGGCUGGCGUACGAGUGUCGGCGCUCAUCGCGCAGCAAGAGCUGUACUCGUCCUGUCUGCAGAUCGUUCUUCAAACAGCGCUUUCGAGAGACGUUUGGUCCACGCGUCCAAUCGAAGUCGCAGAGGCGAAAGGUCUGAGUGAAGUGGAAGCCGAUGAGCGCCUGACUUCUCAGACUUCAGGGUUGGCUCGACCAGGUCCUUGGAAUGCCGACUUCCCUACAAUCUUGGAGCAUCAAAGAAGACGUCGGCAGGACAGCGUGAUCGAUGACCUCGGAGCUACAGGUACUUCCACCUCAAUUCAGCGAAGGCAGGACUCCGUCAGCGCUGCAAGCCAACCCGAUUCUUUGGGUAUGCAGCAGGCGAUAGAUCCGCUGUUACACGACUACGAUCCUCACGAACCGCAAUCGGACGAUGAAGAGCUGAAUAUGCUUGCCAAGAGCAGAGUUCCCCAGCCGGAUGAUGUACGGUUCGCCUACUUCAAGCCUCGACGAGAGAAUGCCGGGAGGUCCGAGUCUGGUCCUUCUGCUGAGCGAGCCACGACUGCAGCUGCUCGUCUGUUGCUCUCCUCCUGGCCGCUCACCUCACUCGAUCCUACCUCUACUGAGACCGAUCCGUCGUACUACACCUAUACAGAUCCCUACAGUCUGCUAGAUGAAGCCAGAGCCUCAGGAGAGGGCUAUGCGUCAAGCGCGCCUAGUGCAGCCUCAGAUGGGGAGAGUGGCUGGAGCUCGGCCUGGAGCGGUGCGAACAGUGGCCUCAGUGGCGGAGAGACGAGUGCUUCUGAAGGCGGAAGAUCGAGAAGUCGUAGCGUGUGGAGCGCUAGCGCUGCACCGUCUUCCCAAGGAGGUCAUGUUGGCAGUCGAGAGGCUGAGACUCCCCAACCAGCACAAGCUCGGUGGACGAGACGAUUGGCUCCACCCAGCAUCGCGCCUGCAGUUUCUUCCGGAGCGACAGCCUUUUCGCAAUCAGGCGCGCGGCAAGGCGCAUCGUCACAACAUGCUGGGCUCGGUGGUGGCUCAAGAGGCUCCAGAGGUCACUUUUCUCAAAUGUCCGUCCAGCACACUGCCGAUCGCGAUCGCGGCAGAGUUCACCCGAUGGAGACGCAGUCCCAGCAUUCGGUAGGCGAAGCGGCUACCCAGCCAUUAGCUGGACCACAUGCUAGCAGGCGAAGUGCGCCGGCGAAGAGACAGAAGAGGAGGGUGGGAGGAUUCUAGCACGUGUGUCAAUGGUCUGCAGAUGUCUUCGUGCAGCGUUCGAAGAGCAACGGGUGCUAAGACCCAAGACGGGCCCCUGUGCGUGCUCUGAAACUCAACUUCUUUACUAGAAAUUUGCCCUCCCAGGUCGGGCUUACCCAAAAAUGGUGUCGCUUACGUCAGGCGGCGAAGAAUGACUCUUACACUGUGCCAUCCCAUGCGCCAGAAUCGAGC